AUGCCUCCUAGAGAAGAUUGGGAAGAAUACAAGAAAAUUAAUAAUGAUGAUAAGCCAGAAGAAAAUAUUAUUCCUUUAGAUGAAGACGAUAUCUCUCUAUUGAAAACAUAUGGAACAGGACCAUAUCAUGAUCUUUUAUCUAAAAUUGAUGCAGACAUCAAAGAACUGCAGAAGAAAGUGAACGAAGUAUUAGGAGUUAAAGAAGCAGAAAUGGGUGUUUUAGAUAGGCGUUUUUGGGAUCUUGCUAAGGAUAGACAACGUAUGUCUGAAGAAGAACCUUUACAAGUUGCACGUUGCACAAAAAUUAUUCAGAAUAAAGAUGAUUUAGAGGCAAAUAAAUAUGUUAUUAAUGUUAAGCAAAUUGCAAAAUUUGUUGUUAAACUUGGGGAUAGAGUAAGUCCUACUGAUAUCGAAGAAGGAAUGCGAGUUGGUGUUGAACGCCAAAAAUACGCUAUACAGCUACCGUUACCUCCAAAAAUUGAUCCCUCUGUGACUAUGAUGCAAGUAGAAGAUAAACCAGAUGUUACAUAUAACGAUAUUGGUGGUUGUAAAGAACAGAUAGAGAAGUUGAGAGAAGUAGUCGAACUUCCUCUUCUUUCUCCAGAAAGAUUUGUAAACCUUGGAAUUGAUCCUCCUAAAGGGAUCAUGCUUUACGGUCCUCCAGGAACAGGGAAAACUUUGUGUGCCAGAGCAGUGGCAAAUAGAACAGAUGCAACGUUUAUUCGAGUAAUUGGAUCUGAAUUGGUUCAGAAAUAUGUAGGCGAAGGUGCACGAAUGGUCCGAGAACUUUUUGAAAUGGCUCGUGCAAAAAAAGCAUGUAUUAUUUUUUUUGAUGAAGUCGAUGCUAUUGGUGGUACUCGUUUUGAUGAUGGUGCUGGUGGAGAUAAUGAAGUACAACGGACAAUGCUUGAAUUAAUCACUCAAUUGGAUGGAUUUGAUCCACGUGGAAAUAUUAAGGUAAUGUUUGCGACAAAUCGCCCAGACACAUUAGAUCCAGCCCUUUUACGACCAGGACGAAUUGACAGAAAAGUCGAGUUUAAUUUGCCAGAUUUAGAAGGACGCACAAAUAUUUUAAAGAUCCAUACACGGUCCAUGUCUGUAAGUAGAGAUAUUCGCUGGGAACUCAUUUCCAGACUCUGUCCAAACACAACAGGCGCUGAAUUACGUUCUGUUUGUACUGAAGCAGGAAUGUUUGCUAUCAGGGCUCGUCGAAAAAUAGUUAUAGAAAAAGAUUUUCUUGAAUCUGUUAAUAAAGUAAUUAAGGGUAAUCAGAAAUUUAGUUCUACGUCUCAAUAUCUUCAAUUUCAGUAA